UUAAUCUUAAAGAUUUACGUGACAAAACUAUGCCUAUAAGUUUUAGACAUAAUGUAAAUACGUUGGAAAUCAGAGAGUUGAAUAGCCAAAUUUCGACCACUAAUUCAAUUCAAAAUGUUAUCGCAAUUCUUAAUUAUUACUCCAUUUUUCCCUCGAAGAAUCAACAACAAACCAAAAUCAAAGAAAGACGAGGAUGAUGAUGAACACGAUUCUCUGUUUUCAUGCCAAAUCUUUCUCUCUUUACUGAAUUUGCCCAUUCAAAAUUUUCAUCUUCUACAUCAAUCCUAAACCAUGUCACUCACUUCCCCACUCUUAUAUUCCUUUUCAAUUCCCAAAUCCCCACUCCCCAUUUCCACAGAUUUUGCCCCUACUACUCAACUUCCUACCGGAGUCUCAUUCCGGCGACCCAUCUCCCGUUUGGGUUUUCCCUCCAAAGCCAUGGUGGUUUUGCUCGGUACGGGUUUUACUCUUGCCCUUUUGGGACCUGAAUCCGCUUCUGCUGCCACGGAAUUGCAAUCUUCGCUGCUUUUUAACGAGCCCCAAAAUGCUCUCUCCUUGCCCACCUGGGCCAUUCAUGUUUCCAGCGUUGUUGAAUGGAUUACAGCAAUGGCUUUGGUGUGGCAAUAUGGAGAGAAAUCUGGUAAUGAGUCUUGGAAAGGACUUUCUUGGGGAAUGGUACCAUUGCUAGGUGGAGCAUUUUGUGCUUGCACAUGGCAUUUUUUCUACAACUCUGAGUCUCUUGAGGUUUUGGUGGCCAUUCAGGCAAUGCUAACAGCCAUAGGAAAUGCCACAAUGUGUAUUGCUGCAUUUCGCAUUUACAAAUCAUCACAAGAACGUUCAAAGAACUUGUAAAGCAAACUCAAGCUAAGUCUCUGUUUAUACUAAUGUAUGUAUCACCACAACCUGUUUCAUUAUAUAUUAUCAUCAUUUUUCAUCCA